AUCCAAAUGUCAAUAAUCUUUUCACUUCUUUGUUUCUUGCAAUAUCCACAUCUGUAUAGGAUUCGUACACUGUUUGCUUUGAUCUUCUGAUUUCCCAUCUUCUUUCUCAUAUUUCUCAUCAAACCCCUCAUUUUAUUUGCGUAUAUGAAUGAUAUUAAUGUCCUUCCUCUUUGAAAUGAUUUCUUUGCUGCACUCAGUGAUCGCCACCCAAUUAAUCAAGCCCUCUUUUUUAAUUUCUUUUCUAAUCUCAUCUCAAUCAAGGGUUACUAAUUUCCAUUUCUCUUUCUUUCUACUUUUUCAUAAUUUGACAUUCAGUUCCUCUGCCAAAACUUCAAAUCUGUAGAUGACAUUUAAAUAUAGCUAACUUGGUUAAAUUUCAUAUAUUACAUAUUUUUUCCCCCUUUCUUUUGAAAAGCUUAACUUUCUUAAAACAUCUUUCCAAAAUGAAUCCCUCCCCCCCAACUUCCUUCUCUAGUGGAUUCUCAAUGUUUUCUCAUUAUUAUUUUACUAUUGUUUUGAGGAACUCAUUCAUACCCUUGCUUGCUGUUGACUAAUAUUUGUUAUACCUUAAUGGUUAAACAAAUCCAUUUGGAAUUUGAAGGUUUGGUUGGGACCAUGAAUGCAAAACCCAAGAGGAGAACUGUAACAGAUAAUGGUGAUGCAGGCGAGGACUUGGUCCUUGUUACUUUGAUCAGGAAUGGGGAGGAUUUGGGGCCAAUGGUCAGGCAUGCUUUUGAAACGGGACGCCCUGAGGCCCUUCUCCAGCAGCUUAAAACUGUUGUGAAGAAGAAGGAAGUUGAAAUUGAGGAUCUUUGCAAACUCCACUAUGAGGAAUUUAUUCAUGCUGUUGAUGAGCUCCGUGGCGUCCUGGUUGAUGCUGAAGAGCUGAAAGGUGAGCUCUCAAGUGAUAAUUUUAGGUUGCAAGAGGUUGGAAGUUCUCUUCUAUUCAAAGUUGAGGAACUCCUUGAAUCUUAUUCGAUCAAGAAGAAUGUUACUGAAGCCAUUAAAAUGUCGAGGAACUGUGUUCAAGUAUUGGAUCUCUGUGUAAAGUGUAACAAUCACAUUUCCGAUGGCCGGUUUUACCCUGCUCUGAAAACUGUUGAUCUGAUAGAGAAAAACUAUCUGCAGAAUAUUCCUGUGAGGGCACUUAGGAUGCUGAUGGAGAAGAGAAUACCGAUAAUAAAAUCACAUAUCGAGAAGAAGGUUACUAGUCAAGUUAAUGAAUGGUUGGUUCACAUAAGGAGCAUUGCAAAGGAUAUUGGACAAACGGCAAUAGGGCAUGCUGCGUCUGCCCGUCAGAGGGAUGAGGAUAUGCUAGCUCGUCAGAGGAAAGCGGAGGAACAGAGUUGUUCUGGUUUAGGAGAUUUUACUUAUGCUUUAGAUGUUGAAGAAAUUGAUGAAGAAUCUGUUCUGAAGUUUGAUCUUACGCCUCUUUAUCGGGCAUAUCACAUCCACACUUGCCUUGGCAUUCAAGAUCAGUUUCGUGAAUACUACUACAAAAAUCGGUUAUUGCAACUAAGUUCGGACUUGCAAAUCUCUUCGGCACAACCAUUUCUUGAAUCCCAUCAGACGUUUCUGGCUCAAAUUGCAGGUUAUUUUAUAGUGGAGGAUCGAGUCCUAAGGACUGCUGGUGGACUAUUGUUGGCUAAUCAGGUUGAGACAAUGUGGGAAACAGCUGUAGCUAAAGUUACAUCGGUGAUGGAGGAGCAAUUUUCCCACAUGGAUACUGCUAGCCAUCUUCUCCUGGUCAAGGAUUAUGUGACUCUUCUUGGGGCAACCCUUAGGCAAUAUGGUUAUGAAGUGGGCCCUAUUCUUGAGACUCUCAACAGUAGUCGUGAAAAAUACCAUGAGCUUCUUCUGGCAGAAUGUCGGCAACAAAUUACUGAUGUCCUUGCCAAGGACACGUGUGAACAAAUGGUAAUAAAAAAGGAGUUGGACUACCAGACAAAUGUCUUGUCAUUUCAUCUUCAGACCUCAGAUAUAAUGCCGGCAUUUCCUUAUAUUGCGCCAUUCUCUUCCAUGGUACCUGAUUGCUGCCGCAUUGUUAGAUCAUUCAUCAAGGACUCAGUCAAUUACUUGUCUUAUGGAGGCCAAAUGAACUUUUUCGAUUUUGUGAAGAAGUAUUUGGACAAACUCUUGAUUGAUGUAUUAAAUGAAGUAAUACUUAACACAAUUUAUAGUGGUACCACUGGUGUGUCUCAGGCAAUGCAGAUUGCUGCAAAUGUAGCUGUUCUUGAAAGAGCUUGUGAUUUUUUUCUUCAACAUGCCGCCCAACAAUGUGGAAUCCCAAUUCGAUCAGUUGAGAGGCCUCAAGCUAGUUUAACAGCCAAGGUAGUUCUUAAAACUUCAAGGGAUGCAGCUUAUCUUGCUCUACUAAGUUUGGUGAACUCCAAGUUAGAUGAGUUUAUGUCCCUUCCAGAAAAUGUAAAUUGGACUUCAGAUGAUUCAUUGCAGAAUGGAAAUGAGUAUGUAAAUGAGGUGGUUAUUUACCUUGACACUCUUAUGUCCACAGCUCAGCAAAUUUUACCCCUGGAUGCCUUGUAUAAGGUUGGGAGCGGUGCUCUUGAGCAUAUUUCCAACUCUAUUGUUGCAACUUUUCUUAGUGAUAAUGUAAAAAGGUUCAAUGCUAAUGCAGUUAUGGGCAUCAAUCAUGAUUUGAAGACGUUAGAGUCUUUUUCAGAUGAGAGGUUUCAUAGUACUGGAUUAAGUGAGAUAUACAAGGAAGGGAGUUUUCGAGGCUGCUUUAUAGAAGUAAGACAAUUGAUAAACCUUCUGUUAAGCAGUCAGCCUGAGAAUUUCAUGAAUCCUGUGAUAAGGGAGAAAAACUACAAUACUUUGGACUAUAAAAAGGUGGCUACUAUCUGUGAGAAGUUCAAGGAUUCCCCUGAUGGCCUUUUUGGAAGCCUUUCAAACAGAAAUACAAAGACAAAUUCUCGUAAGAAGUCAAUGGAUGUGUUAAAAAGAAGGCUAAGGGAUUUCAACUGAAGGGGCUUGAAGACCUUUUUGGAGUAGAUGUAGCUGAACUUUUCUUUUUCUUUUUUACUGUUUAGAAUGAAAUGGAAUUUUAAAUAUUCAUGCUGAAUUAUUUUCUUAAAAUAAAAGUUCUCACUUUGCUUUGUCUUA